UUGAAGGUAUUGGAUGUGCGCGUUAUUUGUCUGGCGGGGCAGCACUGCUGUAGAGUCUACUGUUGUAUCCGUUGUUUACCGAAUUGAGUCACUCGGGCUGGUUGCUAUUUGCAAUCUCAUCCGCUUCAUUACUGAAGACAAGUUUGGGAACCCCUGACUGGACUUGAAUAAAGAAAUUACAUUGUGAUUGUCCUGCCUUCUCGCAGGUUCUGUCAGUGCCAUAGACCUUCCCUAGUAACAAUGGGGAAGUCACUUGAAGCAGUGGUGAUGCUGAUCCUUCUUGUGAACUUUAAUGUUCAGAAACAUGUGAUGGCAGAUGUCUUCACCAGCAUGACUGACAUGCACACCUUAUUGGACACGGAGAGUGAAAUAAUCCGUACCAUGGAGGAUUACAUCACUACACAAGAAGCCAAAUUAGUAAAAUUACGCAAAGAUGUUGCUGAGAUGGAGGCCCUACACCGCUUAGCAUCACAGUCUCCUGACCAGUUCCUGGGUCAUCCAAUCAAUGCCUUCUUAUUGGUUAAGAGACUUACUCUUGACUGGGCUGAAUGGCAGACAACGCUAACUUCAGACCCUGUGGGGCAAGCUGUGCUGGCAAAUUUCACCAGCCGAGGGGAAGGAGUUCUGAAGUGGCCUGAUGAGGAAGACUUGAGUGGAGUUGCCACGGCUUUAAUGCGCUUACAGGACACGUACCAGCUCGACACAUCUCGUAUGGCUGAGGGAUACAUCAAUGACAUGCCUCCUGCCCACAAACAACUAUCUGCAAGUGACUGCUUCGAGCUCGGCCGACAGAGCUACAACUCAGGCGACCACUACCACACAGUCCUGUGGAUGAACGAAGCUCUUGGCCGCCUGGAAGAAGAGAAAGAUACCAGCUCUCGGUCUCUGCCUGCACGAACUAUCACUAAGGCUGACAUUCUGGAGUACCUUGCCUUCUCUAACUACAUGCAGGGGCACAUCAAAUAUGCUCUCAAGCUCACUGAUGAGCUCAUAGAACUGCGACCAGAUCACCAGAGGGCGCUCGGCAACAAGGCUUAUUAUGAAGAAGCGCUUAAAAAAGCAGGCGAUGGGCGUAGAGGUGAAGAUGGACGCCUGCUUCAAGAUGAAGCUGUUCAGAAGGGCUACACAGUGCAAGAGGAGACGGACGACAUAGAGUCGCUGGGCAGUAGCUGGCAGCGUGAGAGGGACGCUUAUGAACGACUCUGCCGCGGUGAAGUACACUCAUCUCCUCAGGCCGUCGCGAGCCUCACGUGUCACUAUCAGACCGGCCCCGCCCCCUUCCUCCGCAUUGCGCCGGUCCGAGCUGAGGUCGCGCAUGUGCAUCCUACCAUCACCCUCUACCACGACGUGCUCUCCGAGCGCGAAAUAGAGACCAUAAAACGACUCGCUCUGCCAAGGUUUAAGCGCGCCACCGUGCAGAACUACAAGACAGGGGCUCUGGAGACGGCAAGCUACCGCAUCAGCAAGAGCGCCUGGCUCAAGGAGGAGGAUGAUAAUACCGUCGCGCGUGUGAACAGGAGAAUUGCGAGCAUUACAGGUCUCGAGAUGUCGACGGCCGAGGAGCUGCAGGUCGCCAACUACGGCGUGGGUGGUCACUAUGAGCCGCAUUUCGACUAUGCCAGGGCUGACGAGAUCGGUCCAGAUGGCUACGUUGGUCCGUUCGGCAAUCGUCUUGCAACGUGGCUCUUUUACGUACGUUUGAUCGUUCCAUUUAAGCACCAUUCGUCCGCACGGGACUUCGCGAUCACAAAUGCUGACGAGAUCGGUCCAGAUGGCUACGUUGGUCCGUUCGGCAAUCGUCUUGCAACGUGGCUCUUUUACUUGUCUAACAACCAUCACGUUUUUCCACUACGCCGUAGUACUUGUCGUCCAGUAACAAGUCCAAUUCUUUUUUCAGUAUCCAACAAAUGGAUCCACGAGCGCGGCCAAGAAUUCCUCCGCCCUUGCGAGUUGGACCGAAAUGCGCAGUGAUGGGACGAGAGAUAAUAUGGAACCUUCAAGACGCCGCCGUUUCAGCGUGCAGUAAUUCUAUGCUUAGAUCAGUGGUGCGGACUCAAGCGGGUUAACUCACGUGAAUAAUUUGACAAUGCGACCAAAAUGACGCAGCUCAUGUUUUAUAGAAGUGUGGACGGGAAGCUCUUUCCUCGCCACCUGGUGAAUUUUCAGACUAAGGGUAACGAGGAAGUUUUCAGUAAUUAGAUUGCUAUCGGAAACGAGAACACUCUAUGUAUCGCUUACUUAAUUUCAAUGACGGUAUAAAUGAUCGAAAAACAAUGAGACAACAGUAAAAAAUGUAUUCCAAUUACAUGAAUAUCUCAAUGCGAAAAUUGAUCCAUCAAUGUCACACGAACUACGAAUCACUGAUCUAAGCACAGAAUUUUAUCCUUCAUACCGCCGUAACGUAGUCAUAGCAAAUGAUAGUAGCGAGUGCACUCUGUGGUGCGAUCAGAGCUGGAGGAAACUAGCAACCCUCCUGUCCUGCAUUUUAGUUUACUAUCUCUCUUUCAUUUCGAACUUCAAUUCGAAUAAACUCGCUUUCUUUGUGCAACCCACUCUGGUCAAAAUGUCGGUCGAAUUUCACACGAGUCGGUGAAGUUUGAUGUAGGAAAUACGGUCGAUUGUGUGGUUUCCUAGUCAUGGGCGAUUUAUUCAGAACCUCAUAACUUAUAAUAGCCCAUCAGUAAGAAGACGAAGCCGGGCUGAACUAUAGAAUCUCAUAAGAUCUAUUAUUGUCUCCAUAGGAUUUUACCUUUAAAUUAAGUUUUCGCUUCAAUUUUAAACUUGAUGUGGAACAAUCAACGUGCAUCUUUUUACAGAUCUAGACAGACAACACCUUGAAUUUUUAUUCUCGGCAAUUUUAUUUCGAUCCAAUAUAUCGCGAAAUUUCUAGUAUCAUAUCCACAUGUUGGACAUAAAUACAAUUAGCUUAAAUAAUGUG